AUGGGGCCACAAGGGGAGCUAUGGGAUCCACCUGUGGACCUGAGACAUCUCUCUCCAGAACAGCAGCAAAAAGUCAAGCAGAUGCUGAGAGAGGAGAGCCACGUGUUUGCCAAGGACGAUUGGGACACUGGAUGUAUCAAAGAACUUCAAAUGAACAUUCAGUUAAAACACAACGUCCCAGUCCAAAGACUGUUGAACCAAAAGACUUUGCCUGAUCGCCACCCCAUCCCCCGGAUCCAGGAAAUUUUGGAAAAUAUCGGGGGCAACUCAUGGUUCACUGUACUGGAUCAAGGCAAGGCAUACCAUCAGGGAUUUGUGUGUGAGCAGAGCCGCCCAUCUAGGAAAUCCGCAAGACCGGACGGGAUCAGUCCCAGGCUGCUGAGGACCUGUGCAGACCAGCUCUCUGAGGUCCUCAGCUACAUCUACAACCUGAGCCUCAGCCUGGAGAAGGUCCCUGUCCUGUGGAAGACCUCUUGUGUGAUCCCGGUUCCUAAAACCGCGCACGCCAAGGAACCGGCUCACUACAGACCAGUCGCACUGACCUCCCACCUGAUGAAGACCAUGAAGCGGCUCAUCCUCAACCAUCUCCGCUCUGUGGUCAGCCCCACACUGGACCCGCUGCAGUUCGCCUACAUGCCCAAUAUCGGAGUAGAGGCCGCUGUCAUCUACUUCCUGCAGUGGACGCUCUCCCACCUGGAGCCCGCCGGGAGCGCUGUGAGGGUCAUGUUCUUCGACUUCUCCAGUGCUUUCAACACCAUCAGGCCGACCGACCACAGUACGUGCGGCUGUGGGUCUGAGGUGGUAGUCUGCAGCACUGGGGCCCCUCAGGGCACUGUCCUCUCAACGUUUCUCUUCACCAUCUACACUUCAGACUUCACAUACGACACACACAGCUGUCACCUGCAGAAGUUCUCCGCCAUCGUGGGCUGUGUGUUUGAGGGGAACCAACUGGAAUAUCGGUCAGUUAUCACAGACUUUGUCGACUGGUGUGAGCGCAACCACUUGUGCUUGAACACCAGUAAGACCAAGGAGAUGAUCAUCGAUUUCAGGAGAAAACCACUUUCCCACACGCUGCUGAACAUCCAGGGGAAGACAUAG